CUCUUUGACUGGAGAAGGCGGUAGGUCUAGAAACCCGUAGAACUCAUUGUGCACGUGGUAGGUGUGUUUUACACGCAAAUUGACAUCCUAAAGAUAAAAUAUUUAUCUGUCGGUGAGUACACGUACAAUUGUUAUUUCACAACCAAGUGUGAACUGCCAGUGUACAUCAUCAGAGAACGGUUGUUUAUUGCACAACAUCGUCGAGACAACUUGACUGGGUUGACUUACAGUAAGUAUAUAUAAUUUUCUGGACUUGUACUGCAGAAAUGUGCUGUUAACUAGUUAAGAGAUGUCAAAAGCAACAAAAAGGAAGCAUGUUACAAAGGAAGUUCUAGACGACUUUAUUCUCCCAGAAGAUGGCCAGCUAAUUGUGAAGGUAACAGCAGGCAGAGGAAACAAUCUACAUGAAGUAGAAUCGGAAAACCAAGAGAAGUUUUUAGUCAGCAUGCCAACUAAAUUCAGGAAAAAUGUUUGGAUAAAAAGAGGAGAUUAUGUGCUAGUUCAGCCUAUUGAGGAGGGUGACAAAGUCAAGGCAGAGAUUGUGACUAUCCUGUACAAGGAGCAGAUAAAGUACAUCAAACAGGAAGGUCUGUGGCCUGCUGCGUUUAAGGACAACGAAGAGACUAAGAGUGAUAGUAUGAUUCCUGACGAUCUUCUGCCACCAAGUGACGACUCUGAUGAAGAUAACGAGUGCGACAGUGUUGUGAACAUUAACAGACAGCAGGUCGCUGUGUACAAUGAGAGCGAUGACAGUGAAAAUGAAGACAGCUGAAACUGUUCAGGACACAAAUUUCUUGUUUGAUGGGAUUAUAGAUAUUUUCUGAAGGGAAGAGGAGCAUUCUGUAGAUCAUUUCCUCAGGAUAUGUUCUAGGCCUACUGGUUAAUAGUGUAAAACUUAUUCUGGAGCUGGUUUUUAGGUACUACUUGUUUUGUAUGGAAUUUUCCUCUUUUUGAAGCAGAAUAGAGAUAGAUCUCAUCAAGUGUUUUUCUACACAGGGAACAGUUUAAUUAUGAUCAUGAUAUAAUGUUUUGAUAUGCAAAUGUACAUGCACCUGUAAAAUUUAUACAGAGGAUCUUAUACGAGUGAAUAUGUAAACUGGAAUUCAGUAUUUAAGUUUCGUAAUUUGAUUGGUCAUGAGCCUUUUGAUAUGUGACAUUUCACAGUGUUUUCAUUGGAUACAUUUUCCGUAACCAUGACAAGACAAUUGCAUGUCCUGAUAAUAUCCAUGAUAAUGUAUGUCACAAUACUCUUUACUAAAUCAUGUGUUUUAAUUAAGAUAUUUAUGAUGCGGCCAUAUAUAUAACAGGCCAAUGUUGUGUUAAAUUGAAUGUGAAUACAUUUGUUGGGUAAUAAGUGUGUUUUGAUUAGUUUGGAAGUCACAGAAUGAAUCAUUUAGCUUCUAUCACAGCAAAGCAGCUGUCCAUGUGAUGUUAAAACGAUAUUUGCCUCAGAAGUUCAACAUUUUAAAAUAAUUUACCUCAUUUUUGUGUCACCUGUAAAAGGCGACAUAUAGGUAAAAAAUGUAUCACUAUGUCGGCUUCGGCGGCCUCGUUGUCCGCACAAUGGUUUCCAUACGAUAACUUGAGUUCCCUUUGCCCAAUCAAACUCAAACUUCAUACAGUGCGUCCUUACCAAAAGUGCUUACUUAGAUUGCUUUUUAGGGUCAAAGGUCAUUGUUACUAUAAAUAGAAAAUAGGUUUGCUUGUGAUAACUUGAGAUCCCUUUGGCCAAUCAAAUGCAAACUUGAUGCAUUGCUUUCUUACAGGAAGUGCUUGUUUGUUUUAAUAUUCAUCUCCUAGCUUGCUGCGCAGGUGGCACAUCCACUUCUGUAGAAUUCUUGUUCAUCUCAUAAUUAAAAAAAAAAGAAUUAUAUCCAGAAUGUUGCGAAAGUAAUGCUAUGAUGUUGAUACAAACAACUAUGAUACAUUCUCAAUGAUACAUGUUUUUGUAGUUUUUUCAAGCAAUUUAAAAUCUAGAAAUCUCUUAGAUAGCAAUAUCUUUUGUAAUUGAAAGCCACUAUUAGAUAAUUAGCUGUAUAUCUGUUGAAAUAUUAUGCGUUAUAAUUGUCUUCCUGCAAUACAGUGGUUUUUGUUUAGUUUUAUUGGGGAAGUUUGGAAAUAUGUCUUUCAUUAUAACCUUUUGUAAAUUGAUCAAUUAAAUCUAGAUAAUUAUGAUUCCAAUCAACAUCCACUUUGUAAAAAACAUAACAAUAUUAGCUCAACAGAGCACUGAAUUUAAGAACUAUGUGUCUUUGAUUUCUUUCCCUGUGGUUCGUUGGUUAUGAUUUGCCAUAAAAAUCAACUUGACUUGAA